UUCUACUAUAGACUCCUGGGAACCAGCUUCUUCGGUUUUGGUAUGAACAGGAUUCGGAUUCACGUCUUGCCAACCAAUCGGGGUAGGAUCACCCCAGUGCCCAGGUCUCAGGAGCUCCUGUCUUGUUCAUUUACUCAUCGCCCGUGCUCCCAACCUCGCCUGGAGGGCCAGGAGUUUUGCAUUAAGCAUAUCCUUGAAGACAAGAAUGCACCCUUCAAGCAGUGUAGUUAUAUAUCAACAAAGAAUGGAAAGAGAUGUCCCAGUGCUGCCCCAAAACCAGAGAAGAAAGACGGGGUGUCCUUCUGUGCUGAACAUGCCCGUAGGAAUGCCUUAGCACUUCAUGCUCAAAUGAAGAAGACCAACCCAGGGCCUAUGAGUGAAACACUCUUGUGCCAGCUGAGCGCAUAUGCUAAGACAGAACUGGGCUCUCAGACUCCAGAAAGUAGCCGCAGUGAAGCCAGCCGAAUACUGGAUGAAGACAGCUGGAGUGAUGGGGACCAGGAACCCAUUACUGUGGAUCAGACAUGGAGAGGUGACCCUGACAGUGAAGCUGAUAGCAUAGACAGUGAUCAAGAAGAUCCCCUAAAACAUGCUGGUGUCUACACGGCUGAAGAAGUGGCCCUGAUUAUGCGGGAGAAGCUGAUUCGUUUGCAGUCUUUGUACAUUGAUCAGUUUAAACGACUUCAGCAUUUGCUGAAGGAGAAGAAGCGUCGAUACUUACAUAAUCGCAAAGUGGAACAUGAAGCUUUAGGUAGUAGUCUCCUUACUGGCCCAGAGGGACUUUUGGCCAAAGAACGAGAGAACUUAAAGCGAUUAAAAUGUCUUCGACGGUAUCGCCAACGCUAUGGAGUAGAAGCCUUGCUACACAGGCAGCUAAAGGAACGCAGAAUGCUGGCCACAGAUGGUGCCGCCCAACAGGCCCAUACCACUCGUUCUAGUCAGAGGUGCUUGGCCUUUGUGGAUGAUGUUCGUUGUUCCAAUCAGUCUCUCCCAAUGACCAGACACUGCCUUACCCAUAUUUGUCAGGAUACGAAUCAGGUUCUCUUCAAAUGCUGCCAGGGAUCUGAAGAGGUACCUUGCAACAAACCAGUUCCUGUAAGCCUCUCUGAGGAUCCCUGCUGUCCACUGCACUUCCAGUUGCCUCCUCAGGUGUAUAAGCCCGAGCAGGUACUGUCUGUGCCAGACGAUCUGGAAGCCGGCCCCAUGGAUCUGUACUUGAGUGCUGCUGAGCUUCAGCCCACUGAGAGUUUACCACUGGAGUUCAGUGAUGACUUGGAUGUUGUUGGUGAUGGUAUGCAGUGCCCUCCUUCACCCUUGCUUUUUGAUCCUUCAUUAACCCUUGAAGAUCAUUCAAUCAAAGAAAUUGCUGAAGGCCCAGUGGAUAUCUUGGGCCAGAUGCAGAUGGUUGGAGAUGGUUACAGGUCCCAGGGAUCCCGAAAUUCUGAGAAAGCCUGUGCACCAUUGCCUCAAAGUGGAUUGGCUACUGCAAAUGGAAAACCAGAAUCCACUCCUAGCAGUUGAUAGUUUGUUCUGGGAACCAUAUGACUUCCGUGGAUUUCACUUUCCCAUUCUUCAAACAAGUAUCUCUGAUCAUCUCUCACUAAACAGGGGCAACCCAGUUGUUUUGUUCUGGGUUAUAGAAUGUCGUAGUUAAAUAAAACCAUACUUAGGGGGAUGGGCCA